AUGGAGAUAACGAUGCUGUCAAAGCAAAGUAUAAAGACUCAUGGUUCUCCAUCCCAUCCUUUCGUCUCUCAUCAUCACCACCAGCUCAUUCACCAACCCAGCUUUGACAACCACUUCUCAAGACACCCCAAGACAACCGCUUCAACCAAUCUCAAAAUGAAGUUCUUCACCACCCUCCUCUCCAUGGUAACCCUCACCUCCGCCGCCGCAGUAAACUACGAUUUCUACGCCCCUGUCGACGCCCUCGCCAAACGUGAAGCCGCCGCAGCCCUCAGCUUCGACCCUGCCCACGACCCCCUCUCCGCCCGCGGUGACGAAGACGUCAACAUCAUCACCGCUUCUCUCGACGACGGAGCCGAAAAGGUUGAAAUCAUCGUCGACGGUGUUUCCCAGGGGUAUCUGAUCGUCAGCCCCGAUGGCGAUGUCCAAGGCUUCGACGGCAACGGCACCUUGGUCGACCUCGACGCCGUCCUCGCCGCUCGUGACGUCGAGCACGUUGACAAGCGUGCUCUUGGCUGGCUCCAGGUUCUGGCUAGACUUGCUCCCAUCAUCACAAAGUUUGGCCAACGGGUUGUCAACUGGUUGAGGUGUGUUGGUGCUUGGAGUUUGAUUUUGGAUUGUGCUCCCAAGGUACGAACCCCCGGUGGUGUACGUUGA